AUGGCUAAAGAGUUUGUUCACAAGUCUAUAGAAGCUGAUGUUAAGCCAGAUGUAGAAAAGUCCUAUAAGAAAACAAAUAUCAGAGCAGAGAAAAUCUACUUAGAGUUGCUACAGAGAGACCUGAACAAACUGCGUGUUUGUAAAUUAGAACCUGUAGACUGUGGCACCAUGCUGGAGUUGAUGGAACAAAACACAAGCCUGGAGGCAGGUGAAGUAGAGCAGGGGCUGAUGGGCUACGACGUCUUCCAGGUGAUUAUCCUCUUCAGUAUCGUCUUCUCCGACAUCGUCAGCCCUCUCGGCAUCGCCUUUAACGUCAUCAACAUCAUCGUCUUCGUCAAACUCGGCCUCCACGAGAGCACCAACAUCACGUUCGUCAGUCUAGCCGUGGCCGACAUCUGCAUACUGCUCACGUUGCUAGGCUACAGCGUCGUCUUCAACCCCCUCGUGCUCACGUCUGCCCCGAACUUCGACAUCAUCGACGCAGUCAUUUAUCUCAUUCUUGGUUGGCCGAACGUCUUGUCAACCCGAAUAGCGGGUUGUCUGACGGCCUUCAUCACGUUUGAGAGGUUCCUUUCUGUAGCCUGGCCGCUGAAAGUGAAGACCGUCAUCACAAGGUCCAGCACCGUCCUGUUCUCUCUGGGCGUCUACAUCUUCUCCGUCAUCUACUCCAUCCCCAUGUUCCUGGCCAACAACAUCGGCCCCAGGUUCAACUCCAACUUGAACCAGACGGUUGUCGGGAUGAUCAUUGCUGAGGACAGCGCCAUCCUAGAAGCGGUGUCACGUGGUGUAAACACAGUCGUUGAAUUCACAUCGUUCACUUUGGUGAUCGUCUUCACGUUUGGAUUGAUUCAGUCGUUUGUGCAGACGAUAAAAUGGCGGCAAGCAACGUCAUCCGCGGCCACAAGCAUAAAUAUGUCGACACGCGACCGGAAGUUGGUCAAAAUGAUAGGGUUUUCACAGAGGCCAGUGCAGUGA